CAGCGUGGGUGCUUCUCUCCACCCGGAAGCAAUAGACCAUUCAUUCUGGUUCUUGAAGAUGGAGGAAACUUCACUGGAAACUGAUAUCGAUGACUGGUUUAUCGAGUCAUUAAAAAUAUACAGUGAUCUUCACGUGUUCGAACUUCAGGAACCAACCCAAGUUAUCGAGUGGACUGCAGAAAAAAGUAUUUGUGUGGCUGGUUUUUCAACUACAAAAAUAAAUGAAAUUCUAGAGCUUCAUUUACCACAAAAGCUCUUUGCAAAGGGUAACCAGGGUCUUUGUGCUGAAAGAGAUUUUAAAGUUGGUCAUGGUGGUUUCUCUGAGGACCCUGUUAACUGCCUGAAACAUAUUGCCAGAACCAGUUGUGUUGUCACCAGUGGUGCCCCUGACUCCAAACUACAGGUAUGGCAGAUUGGAGAAGAUGACAGCGAUAUGAUCAAGAAGACAGGCUGUAUAGAGCCUAAGAACAGCUCAAAGAAACAUUGUAAAAUUGCAUCUGGCACUACAGGAGUUGCAUGCAUUUUGCAUGGCUCUGAAUUCAGAGAUAUCCAGAUUACUGAGCUGGCCUCAGGAACAGUGCUAUAUGCAACAGAGUCGGACUCAUCGGAUCCAGUGAGCGGCCUGCAGUUUGUAGACGCCGACACGUUUCUGGUCUGCGGUGAAAGCGGCGACCUGUGUUUAUAUGACACGCGGGCACCUUCAGCCCUUCAGAGGGCCUGCUGUGGCGAUCAGGGGGGGUCCUCCUGGACCAUGGGGCAGAGGAAAAGCCCCUCCCUGUCAGACGGAGUUUCCUGCAGGGUGGCUCAGCUUUCCUCCACCGGACAGGUCGUUGUGUCGGACCUGAGGGACCUGAGAGGGCCACUGUGUCGAGCCCAACUUAACGUCCAGCAGAAAACUCCCAGCUCCGAUUUCAUGACUGUGACAUGGGCCCCCAGUUUGAAUGGCCAUCUUGCAGUUUCAGGCUUUGAUGGAACAGUACAGGUUUACGACAUCGCAGAUUGGGGACCAGAAUUAAAGGAGACCCAGCCAGUGUUUGUGCACAGAGGUCAUGUGAUGUCAUCUGGGUUUGAAGCGGACGAUGCUUUGAUCACGACUCACAUUUGGCAUCCAUGGAAACCACGGACCGUUCUUUCAUCCGCGACCGACGGGUCCUUACACGUCUGGGACUGGGUGGACAAUCGAGCCGGCAGCACUUAAGUCUCCAAGACAUUCGAGAACAGAGUGUUCUCCAGACCAGCGGUGCAGAAAUCCUACACCUGAAUUAGCUAAAUUAGCGCAGUUCUUCAGCCAGAGGGUAAAACUAAUAGGUGAAAUCAGCUGGCUGGGUUUAUGGGUAGAAGAAACUCAUGCCAUGGCCCAUGGACUUUACACCUUGACCCCAAAUAUGCAAGGAGCCAGCUGACUGAGCACAGUAGAAGGCUAGGUGGUAGUAUGUAUGAUGUUUGCACUGUGCAGACGCAGCAGUAAGAGGAAGAAUUGUCAUUCAGGGGUUUUGGCUUCACAAACUGUUGACUGCAUAGUCUGGAAAUCCCCCCCAUCUGGAUGAAGUUUGUGUCCAACAAAUUACUGUUGUUUCAUUUCCCCUUUAAUGCUGACUUCCUUUGUCAAUCUCAUGUUUAUCUGACAUCUAUAUGAGCACUCACUUGUGUUUUUUAUUUUGGUAAUGAUAAAUAAUGCAUUCAAGUGUGAAGAAAAGGGUGUUGCUUUGAUGGCAGACACAAGUUUUGUAAAAACCUGUAAACGGUAAUCAUCCCAUUUUACCAAAAUUAUUAGUACACUAGCAAUCUAUUCAGCUAUAAAAUAAUUGGCGAGUAGCACUAUUGGCUAAUACAAUCUGUUCUCCUUUUAACAGAUGUUUUUUAUAUGGCUAUGAUCCGUUGUGUUAAACUUCAAGAAAUAAAAUGGUUUCUUAAUGUGUCCAAUACAGUAGACCCGUUAAAGUAAAUUAAAUUAAAUUGACUUGCCCACAUAUAUUCAUGCAGCAGUCAGUGCAGUGCAACUGCAGUUGAAGAAGUUCUCGUUAUCUUGCAUAACGUGAAGUGGGGAGGAACAAUGAGAUUUGAGUUUUGAUUGAUCUAUUUUAUCAAAAUACCAAGUAGGCUUCUGAGAAUCCAACUGAAAUGCACAUUGGAAUUACAGGAGCGACACACCUGGAAAUAUACAGCCAAUAUACAGCAACAUUUUUGUCUGUUACAACAACCUGAGGAUUAAAGUAGUCAUGGUGGUUGGCUGAUGCUUGGGAAACUCCCUGUGGGAAACACGACUUGGUUACACUUAAAGGAAAGCAUUUGCAUGCUAGAGCUGGUCUGGAUGCUGGAAUGAACAUGUGAUGAUGUUGACAGUAUGUUUGACACACCAUUUGGUCUUGAGUUUGAUUUAUUAAAUGCUCUCAAUAAAGUUAUUUUUUCAUUUUUAA